AUGCCCAGCCUCACCACCACCCCAAUCGAGCUGUAUGGAGAGAUGAACAAGAAGUUCACCCUGUUCUCGUACACGCCCGUUCAUCACCACGGCAGUGGACAGUACAAUCGCAAUCCUUUGCCGCCAAGCCUUCCACGCGGUUAUGUCCGAGAUUACUCCAAGGCCGCCCGCGAGAUCGACAAGCACGCCGAGGUCACACUCAACGGGGCGAUCGAAGUCGGCCGCGGCCGACGUUUCCAGAUUGUCAGCUGCAAGGUGACGCGCUUCCCGCGUGUGGAAGCUUCGGCGGAACAGCAAGAACCUCUCAGUGAGAUGAGAAACAACAAGCGGAUCAACCUCGAACGCGAACUCGUCCUCCGUAUUUGCGAUCCCGAGUACUACGCGAGUGACUUCAUGGCGCCUUGCGGCAACGAAGAACUGGCCGAGGGUGACUUCAGCCGUGACUACUGGGCCAUGAGGCACUUUCACGAGAGGGGCAUCACUGGAGUCGGCUAUCUUGGGCCGCGUUUCUACGGCGGCUGGAUCCUCAAGCUCCCCGCCGGCACCGAUCGCCGAAGAAAGAAGUUGUUCCGAUACGUCUACGUCUCAAUCACCGAGAAGCUCUACGGAUACACCGUUGACGAUCUCUGCUUUCGCUCGGGGCCGGGCAACGAGGGCUGGCUCAUUCCUCACGACUCGCCGGCCGACUUCGAGAGAGCCGACGGCUCUCUCCGCUGGAUCACUUUCGACCAGAAGACUCGCGACAAAGUCAUGAAGCUUGUGCUCCACGGCCUUGUCGUCAGCAUGCACAACAGCGUCGAGCACCUGGGCUUCGGUCCCGAGGCCGCCUUCGUCACGUACCGCGAUGGCAACAAGGACCUGUCAGACGUGCGCGUCGUUCAUCUGGGCCAUGACGAAACCCAGGUCUGGCGCUUCACAGCAGAAGCCUACGAUGACUCGGAAGUUCACUGGAUCCAGCAACUUCCCUACCCUCCUCAUCCGUUCGAGCGAUUUUGUUGGGAAGCAUUGGACGAUUGGCAUGGUUGGAUACCCGACGAGGAAGAGUUCGAGGAAUGGCUCACCAAGCCGAGCACCUUUGGCCCGCUCGAAGAGGCCCGGGACGUACUUGCUAAGCUGGGCCCCUGGGCCACAUGGCCACACGCGUACGCAAUGUACUCGACGUUUGCGACUCUUGACCAGAUCGAGGACGAUGGGUGCAAGAGGGUAUCCAUUGCGCCUCGCACCGCCGCCUUCUUGUACAUGAUGAAAGAUAUGGAAACGCUGCACGCGCUGUGUAUGUCUUCGGUCAUGGCCCAAAAGUCGUUGAAGAAGUGGGUGAGAAAGUUGGUGCAGAAUGCGAUUAGUUUGGACGACCCGAGCACCUACCCGGAAACGAAAGAGACGGAGAAGCAAGCGGGGCAGAAAGGGCAAGUACGCCUGCAAGAACUUCAGAAAAUGGCACGUCGCCUUUCAGUCAACAAUGAGGAGCUCAACAGAAUCGUCCGCCAGGGAGCCAGUCUUGCGACUGCCAUGGAAUCUCUCAGCCUUGGAGAGUCGCGACAGCAAACCCCGCAGCCACCCCGUCCCGCUACCCGAAGCCGCCAUCACGCGGGUGCGAAGUCCAGCGGCCACAAGCCCAGCUCGAGCUUUUCGCAUACGGCCAGCACUCCGGCGACUCCUACCCGACGUCUCGGCCACGCCGUCAGCUCUUCCAACCCCCGAGAGCGUUCGAAUUCCGGUGCCGCGGCACAGCGGGCAUCGCUCAACUUGCCUCCUGCGGCGCCGUCUCCGAGCGGCCAGCGCAUCAAAGCGAAGCCGAGCAACCUCGACACCAUCCCGAGCACCCCCAUCACCUUGCUCCAUUCGUCGCGCCGUCCCCCGGUUCGGGACCUGGUGAAGGCGAGUAACCCCCCCGAGAGGGGCAGGACUCGGCCUCCUGGCGACACCUCGAUCCACAGCUUGGAGGACGCGUCGCCGAUGCACGUGGCGAGUACGGAUACGUCCCAGAACUUGGAGAUCGAUGAGCCGCCGCCGCCGCCGGGCGUGUUCGAAGACCAGUCGCAGAGCUUCUCCGAAGACCGGUCGCCGAGCUUCGAGGGCGGGAAGCCGCCGCGGAUCACCACCGAGACCGAAGACGAGUCGCAGAACGAGGCCGAAGAGCCGUCGCGGAUCGAGUACGCAGACGACUCGCAGAGCUUCGAGCUCGAUGUGCCGUCGCACGCGGACGACGAGGACGACAUCUACGAUCCCUAG